UCUCACCUCUCACUCAUGCACGCUGCACGCGCGUAUACGCACUUGGAAUAUUAUUUUGGAGUCAGUUUCAUAUUUUUUAAAAACUUUUUUCCCCUUUGGUGUACAUAAUCAUGUCAUUGGGCGGAUUAUCACGGUUAUCUUGUGAUCGCAGUUAGCCGUUUGCGUGCGUUUUUUUUUUUACUCUGUGAGUUCGAACCAAGCUUUCUGGGAUUUCACGAGCAAGAGUCGGCACUUCUGGCCCGCAGCCCCCGCAGGCAUGUUUUGACGUUGGCAAGUGAGCUGCCGGAUUCUGGAUUUCAAGUGGUCUUGAGUCUAGAUUCAGGGAGCUGUCAUCCCAGAAAGAUGACAAGUACGCUGGUCCAGCAAUUUGUACAGAAGCUCAAGUCGAAGCACGAAGAUGUCAGGAACAAGGCGGCCCGCGAGCUCUGCUUCUACGUACAGACGGAGCUACGCGAGGCCACACCGGAAGAAAUUACCGCCUUCAUGGACGAGUUUAACCAUUAUAUAUUUGAAAUGGUCUCCAGCUCUGACAUCAACGAGAAGAAGGGUGGCAUCCUGGCCAUCGAUUGCCUGACCGACGCAGACGUUGGCAGCGUCAACACGAGGACCAUCAGGUUUGUCAACUAUCUGAGGAACUUGCUACCGUCCAACGAUGUAGGCGUAAUGGAACUCGCCGCCAAGACGGUGGGAAAGUUGGCUCUGGUGUCCGGAAAUUACACAGCGGUGUACGUGGAGUUCGAGGUCAAGAGGGCCUUUGAGUGGCUGAGCGAGGACAGGCACGAGCACAAGAGGCACGCCGCUGUUUUCAUGCUCAAGGAGUUAGCCAUGUGCAUGCCAACGUACUUUUUCCAACAGGUAACUCUGUUCUUCGAGCUGAUCUUCAACGCGGUACGAGAUCCCAAGCCUGUGAUUCGCGAGGCCGCAGUGGAAGCUCUGAGGGCUGCUCUGGUCGUAACGGCUCAGCGGGAGACUGCCAAGCAGAUGCACAAGUCCCAAUGGUACAAACAGUGCUACGACGAAGUUGUCGCAGGCUUCGAGGAUGUGCCCGUGCGAGAGAAGGGCUACAAUAAGGACGACAGGAUACACGGCUCGCUACUCGUGUUGAACGAGCUUUUGCGCUGCAGCAACUUGAACUGGGAAAAGCUGUACGAGGAUCUCAUGGAAAGACUGAACUACGCGUCGCAAGCUCAGGACAACGAAAUCCAGUCCUUGAUGCCAAGGAUGAGGAGCAGCAUACUGACGUCUAAAUUUUCGAGCAUCGUAGCUCACAAUUCAAACUCGACGGGCCACCACCCGUUAUCUCCGGUCCACGAGUCCGCUGCUUGUCGCAACUUGAUGCUCGAGAAGCUGCACGAGAUCAAUGAAGACGUGAUCAAUCAACGCCACAAUCGUAACAUGUACAUACAAAGUGCCCUGAUGACUUUGUUACCGCGCUUGGCCGCCUUUAAUCGCGAGCGCUUCGUCGCCGACAAUCUACGCGAGUGUCUCAGCUACCUGCUCCUCAGUCUCAGAGGCCGGGAAAAGGAUCGAGCCGCUGCCUUUUCCACGAUAGGUUUGAUAGCCGUAGCCGUCGGCGACGCUAUCAAGCCCUACCUGCCCAAGAUCAUGGACGUGAUUAAAAACUCGUUGCCGUCCAAGGAAACGCCGAGUCGGAAGAGGAGCUCUGCCCUCGAGCCUGCCGUAUUUGUGUGCAUAACACUUCUGAGCCAUGCGGUCAAGCAGACGAUUACCAAUGACGUCAAGGAUCUCCUUGAGCCAAUGCUCGCGACCGGACUUUCGCCUGUUCUUACAACGACUCUCCGAGAACUCGCUUGCAAUGUACCCUCCCUGAAGCCUGACAUAUCUCAGGGACUGUUGCGAAUGCUUUCUCAGGUACUGAUGUACAAGCCACUACGCCACCCUGGAGCACCGUGGACAGCGACGAGUCCGGUAUCGGUACCACCUACCGAAAUAGAUGUCACUUCGACGGUGUUGGGCUUACGCACCCUCGGCACAUUCAACUUUGACGGCAACCCGUUGUUGCAGUUUGUGCGUCGUUGCGCCGAUUACUUUCUCACUUGGGAAGAGCCGGAUGUUCGAUUAGAGGCGGUCAAGACGUGCUCACGUCUUCUGAGAUUAGCCUUGAAUCAGCCUGGGCCCACAGUCACGAAUACAGUGUCGGCCGUUCUAAGUAAGCUGCUCAUCGUUGGGAUCACGGACACCGACACCAAAGUCCGCUACUGGGUCCUCGCAUCGCUUGACGAUCCCUUUGACAUGCAUCUCGCACAAGCUGAAAGCCUAUCUUGUCUAUUUGUCGCUAUGAACGACGAAAUUUUCGAAAUUCGCGAACUAGCCAUCAAAACGGUGGGACGGUUGAGCAACAUCAAUCCAGCCUACGUGUUGCCGGCUUUGCGCAAAACUCUCAUUCAGUUUCUGACGGAGCUCGAGAGCUCGGGUAUGAGCCGUAACAAGGAGCAGGCAAGUCGCUUGUUGGACCAUCUGGUGGUCUCGGCACCGCGCCUCAUUCGACCUUACUUCGUAUCGGUGCUGAAGCGCCUAGUGCUGAAGCUCAAGGAGCCCGAUCCCUGUCCAGGCGUCGUUCUCGCCGUCCUGAGGUGCCUCGGUGACUUGGCCGAGGUCAGCGGAGCUGACAUGAACCCCUGGAUGCCCGAGUUGUUGUCCAUACUACUUGAAAUGUUGGUCGAUGCGUCGUCUCCCGAAAAACGUGGAGUCGCUCUCUGGGUCCUUGGACAGCUCGUUGGUAGCACCGGUUACGUCGUGAGGCCUUACAAGCAGUACCCGUCGCUUCUCGAAGUUCUUAUGAAUUUUCUCAAGACUGAGCAGCAGCCGACCGUCAGGCGCGAAACGAUACGCGUGCUGGGUCUUCUCGGUGCUCUCGAUCCGUACAGCCACAAGAUGAAUCUCGGACAAAUUUCUUCGCCGCAGCUUGAACUACUGAGUUCACGGCCAUCGGCUGACGGCAGGCCGGAAGGUUCGGACGACCUUAGUUCAAGCGAAAUGCUCGUAAGCAUGGCCUCUGGCACCUUGGAGGAGUACUAUCCAGCCAUUGCCAUAGCCACGCUUAUAAAAAUCAUGCGUGAACCAACCCUUUCGCAGCACCACACCAUGGUCGUGCAAGCCGUGACCUUCAUUUUUAAAAGCCUAGGCAUCAAAUGCGUGCCCUUCAUAAAUCAGGUCAUGCCAAAUUUAAUAAAUGUACUGAGCCACUCGGACUCCUCCGUACACGACUUCCUUUUCCAACAAAUGGGCAUUAUAAUCGAAAUCGUCAAGCAACACGCGCGCAACUAUCUCGACGAUAUAUUCAAGCUUGUCCGCAAGUUUUGGACAGUGCACAGUAAUUUGCAGGACACGUUUAUUUCAUUAAUUGAAAAAGUUGCUGUAGCUCUGUGUGCUGAAUUCAAGGUCUAUCUUCCCAGCCUCAUGCCUCAAAUCCUACGAGUAUUGAGCCACGACGUAAGUAAAGACCGCACAGCGACCGACAGACUACUGAACGCACUGCAAAAGUUUGGCACCAACCUCGACAGCUACCUUCAUCUGGUUCUUCCGCCGAUAGUUCGUCUCUUCCAGUACGGCCCCGACUGUCCCAUCAACGUAAGUCGCCAGGCUCUCGAAACAGUCGAGUACCUGACCGAUUUUCUCGACUUUACGGACUUUGUCUCGCGCGUCACUCAUCCGCUAGUCCGAACCCUCGACCAGUGCCCCGAACUCCGCGGCCCGGCCUGCGAGGUGCUCUGCGCUCUGCUCUUCCAACUCGGACCCAAGUUUCAAAUUUUCCUACCCCUCGUGCAGCGUGUCAUGGCGAAGCACAAAAUAGUGCACUCGAGGUUCGAGAGCCUCGUCGACAAAGUACAGAGCGAGGCACGAUUGGGCUCGCAAGGACGCUUCGAGACCGGCGAUUCCGAUCACCUGUUGAUAAGUAGCGCGAGACACAGGCAAGCGCGCAACAAGGGCCAAAAAGCCGAGUCGCUGGUAGCCUCGACAGUUGACGCCAAUACCAUUAAAAAGCUCAACUUGUCGAUUUUUAAUCUACAAAAAGCCUGGCUGGCCACGCGACGAGUAUCAAAGGACGAUUGGCUCGAGUGGUUGCGCAGCUUGGCGAUUGGCUUACUUAAAGAGUCACCCUCGCCGGCGCUGCGAUCGUGCUGGGCCCUCGCUCAAACGUACUCGCAGUUACCGCGCGACUUGUUCAAUGCGGCUUUCGUCUCCUGCUGGACCGAACUCGACGAAGAACACCGCGUCGAGCUCAUAGCGACCCUGCAGCAAGCUCUCAUGGUGCCUGACCUGCCAGAAGUGAGCCAAACCAUUCUGAACCUCGCCGAGUUCAUGGAACACUGCGACAAGGGUCCCUUACCCCUGGACAGUACCGUGUUGGGCGAGAGAGCCAUGCACUGUCGUGCCUACGCCAAGGCUCUGCACUACAAGGAAGAAGAGUUCCACAAGAACAAAAACAGCGCCGUGUUCGAGUCGCUGAUCAGCAUAAACAACAAGUUGCAGCAGAAGGAGGCCGCCGAGGGUCUGCUCGAGUACGUGAUGAACCAGCAGCAGGAGAACAACAAGCAAGAGUUGACGGUACAAGUGCGCUGGUACGAAAAGCUCCACAACUGGGACAAGGCGUUGCACCUUUAUCGCGAAAGGCUCGAAGCCGAUCAGAAAGACGUCGAGUCGACGCUCGGUGAAAUGCGUUGCCUCGAAGCACUGGGUGAGUGGGGUCAGUUGCACGAUGUGGCGAUGCGCGAGUGGUCGUCCCACAGUCAGGAAACGAAGCAGCGAAUGGCUCGAAUGGCUGCAGCUGCGGCCUGGGGCUUGAACCAGUGGCAAAGCAUGGAGAAUCACGUAGCCCUCAUACCCAAAGACUCGCAGGAUGGCGCGUUCUAUCGAGCAGUACUGGCCAUUCACAACGAGAAUUACGGCCUGGCGCACAAGUUGAUCGACAGCGCUCGAGAUAUACUGGAUACCGAAUUGACGGCCAUGGCUGGGGAAAGUUACCAAAGAGCGUACAACGCGAUGGUCGAGGUUCAGAAGCUCGCCGAACUCGAGGAAGUGAUACAGUACAAGCUGGUGCCCGAGCGCCGAGCUACCAUCAAGUCCAUGUGGUGGGAGCGUCUCCAGGGUGGCCAGCACAUAGUCGAGGACUGGCAAAAAAUCAUCCAGGUGCACACUCUAGUCAUACCGCCCCAGGACGACAUGUACACCUGGCUAAAGUACGCGAGUCUGUGCCGCAAAAGCGGCAACCUCGCGCUCUGCCACAAGACGCUGGUUAUGCUCCUUGGCACGGAUCCCUCCCAAGCGCCCGACCAACCAUUGCCUAUGGAGCAUCCUCAGGUGACAUUUGCCUAUUGCAAGCACAUGUGGGUCGCGGGUCAGCGGGAAAAGGCUUACGCUCAGCUGCAACGAUUCGUCCAUGGAUUCAUGACCCUCUACCAACAACAGCAGCAGCAACUGCAGAUGCAAAUUCUUCGUCAGGAGAAACUGCAGAGGCAGCAGUUGCAGCUACAACAGCAGCAGCAGCAACAACAACAGGGUCAGCAGCAAGUGCAGCAACAGCAGCCCGACCAGUCUCAAAUUCAAAUUCCACCUCAGGGCCAACAACAGCAGAUGCUGCAGCAGCCGUUACAGGCACUUCCGCCCCCCAUCGAGUUGGAUUCGGAAGAAUCGAUAGACGAAAGACAGCUCGAGGCUUGUCGUCGAAUAUUGGCCCGGGGCUAUCACAAACUGGGCGAGUGGGUGGAGUCGUUGCAGGGCAUCAAGGAGAACUCGAUCCCGACCAUACUUUCGUACUACACGGCGGCAAAGAAACACGAUCCCAAUUGGUACAAAGCGUGGCACGCGUUUGCAUACACGAAUUUCGAGGCGGUGCUCUUUUACAAGCAUCAACAGGGCGGAGACAACAGCGUCGACAUGUCGCUCAAUAACGCAGCAGUGCCAAAUACCGGAGCCAGGAAUAAUUUAUCUUACAUAUCGAGAUUCACUGUGCCCGCCCUCGAAGGUUUCAUCAGCUCGAUCAAUUUGUCUCACGGCAAUUCUCUGCAAGAUACGUUGAGGCUGCUAACGCUGUGGUUCGAGUACGGUCAGUGGCCUGAGGUUUACGACGCCAUCAUCGAGGGAAUCCGGCUGAUCGAGAUCAAUACCUGGUUGCAGGUGAUACCUCAACUGAUUGCGCGAAUCGAUACUCCACGAGCUCUGGUGGGACGCUGUAUUCACAACCUUCUAGUCGACAUUGGAAAAACCCACCCCCAGGCCUUGGUGUAUCCUCUGACGGUAGCUUCGAAAAGUGCGAGCCACGCUCGCAAGACCGCUGCCAACAAGAUCCUGAACAGCAUGAGCGAGCACAGUCCAACGCUCGUUCAACAGGCGAAAAUGGUCAGCGACGAACUCAUACGUGUAGCUAUUCUCUGGCACGAACUUUGGCACGAAGGCCUCGAAGAGGCUAGUCGCCUGUACUUUGGCGAGCGCAACGUCAAAGGAAUGUUUGAUACUCUGGAACCGCUGCACGCAAUGCUCGAUCGAGGUCCUCAGACGCUCAAAGAGACAUCGUUCUACCAAGCUUACGGCAAUGAUUUGAGAGAGGCGCAAAAGCUCUGCCAUAAUUACCGGGCGUCCGGCAACGUGCGCGAUCUCAAUCAAGCCUGGGAUAUUUAUUACCACGUCUUUAGGCGAAUAUCUCGACAGUUGCCCCAGUUGACGAGUCUCGAGCUGCAGUAUGUUAGCCCUCUGCUGCAGUACUGCCGAGACCUUGAACUAGCGGUUCCAGGAAGCUAUCAGCCCGGCCAACCCAUCAUCAGGAUAGCGAAUAUACAUGGCUCUUUGCAAGUUAUAACGAGUAAACAGCGACCCAGGAAGCUGUGCAUUAAGGGAAGUAACGGAAAGGACUACAUGUUCUUGUUGAAGGGUCACGAGGAUCUUCGUCAAGACGAGCGUGUCAUGCAACUCUUUGGUCUCGUGAACACUUUGCUGCUUCAUGAUCCCGAUACUUUCAGGAGAAACCUGACGAUUCAGAGAUACGCGGUUAUACCGUUGUCUACUAACAGUGGCCUUAUAGGAUGGGUGCCUCAUUGCGACACUUUGCACACUUUGAUACGCGAUUAUCGUGAUAAGAGAAAGAUAUUGCUGAACAUUGAGCACAAAAUAAUGUUGAGAAUGGCACCGGACUACGAUCAUCUGAUGCUUAUGCAAAAAGUCGAGGUUUUUGAGCACGCGCUCGAGCACACGCAAGGCGACGACUUGGCACGACUAUUGUGGCUCAAGUCUCCUUCGAGCGAGGUGUGGUUUGACCGGCGCACGAACUACACCCGAUCGCUCGCUGUCAUGUCGAUGGUCGGAUACAUUUUGGGACUGGGCGACCGGCAUCCUUCGAAUUUGAUGUUGGAUCGGCUCAGUGGCAAAAUUUUGCACAUAGAUUUCGGUGACUGCUUCGAGGUUGCUAUGACGCGAGAAAAGUUCCCGGAAAAGAUACCCUUCCGGUUGACCCGAAUGUUAAUAAACGCGAUGGAAGUUACGGGUAUCGAGGGUACCUACCGUCGCACUUGUGAGUCCGUGAUGUCGGUACUGCAUCGCAACAAGGACAGUUUGAUGGCUGUGCUCGAGGCCUUUGUUUACGAUCCGCUGCUCAAUUGGAGGUUGAUGGACAAUGCGAUAACAAAGAGUAAGAGAAGUGACACCCAAGGCAUGAGCGUGAGCAGCAGUCAAGAACAAGGCGAUACACUUGAUUCUCUCAACACCACUUUUCCCAAGAAGGGGGUUCCCGUUAACUUUGAGAAUGGAGGGGAUUCCAAUCAACCCGAAGCACUAAACAAAAGAGCGCUGCAAAUUAUUAAUCGGGUUCGAGACAAGUUGACGGGUCGUGAUUUUUCGCACGAAGAAACAUUGAGUGUUCAGCGACAGGUGGAUUUGUUGAUUCAGCAGGCGACAAACAACGAAAACCUUUGCCAGUGUUACGUGGGAUGGUGUCCGUUUUGGUAAUUAUCUCAUGUCAUGUUUCUCCCAGGACUUUGAUUUAAAAAAUGGGAGAAAGAGAGAGAUAGAGAUGAAUUAACUGUUAAGCAUUUUUGGCGCUUACUCUACUGAGCUUACAAAUCGUCAAGCUGCGCUCUUGUAAAAAUAUACGUUUUAUUACACGACAGUUCCUCUUAUUCUACAUCCAACUUGUAAAUAAUAAUAAUAAUGGUAAUCGAAUAAGCGUGAGGAAGAGUGAAUGACUCGUGCAUAUGUACGUGUGCAUACGUGAUCGCGAUUUAAUACAAAAUAUUUUGAAAUAGUGAUUGUUGAAAUGCAACGCACGUACGCAAAUGUUAAUAAAAUGUCUCGCGUACUGACAUGAGGCCAUUCAACUUACGUUUUCGAACCAAUGUACAUAUUAUAUCAUAAUGUUUAUAAGUAAAUUAUAAUCAAAAUAUUCCACGUGCAUUCCUACUUAUUGAGAAAGUGUAUUUUUUUAAUACCAAAUUUUCAUUCCUUCUAUUGUCUACAUACCGCCACGAUUCUUUUAGCCUCUUUUAAAUUGUUUGUUUGGAAAAUUCUUAUUGGGUAUGAUAAAACAGAUUUGACUUAUUUACCUGUAAAAGAAAGACGGAGCAUGUAACGCUAGAUAAAAAUUACAAAUGUAUAAAAAACGUUUUAUAUUGUGACCUACGAAUUAUGUACUGAUUAAAAUUUUGCUUAAA